CUGAAGCAUUCAAUCGAGCAGGAGGACUUGCUAGGCCGUCAAGAAACCAUCAACGAACGUCCAGCUUUGACUGCUUUAUUCCCGCAUCCCAUUCACCCGCUACGAAACAUGGCCAACCCCCGAGUUGAAGAGCUCCCCGACGAGCCCGAGAAGAAGGAGCAGGUCGAAGAUGCGGAGGAUUCUUCCGACGAGUCUGAGGGUGGCGCCGAGGGUGAGGCUGCCAUUCCCGCCGGUGCGUCGGUCGCGGUGCACAGCCGGAACGAGAAGAAGGCACGCAAGGCCAUUGCCAAGCUGGGCUUGAAGCAUGUGGAGGGCAUCACGCGAGUGACGCUGCGGAGACCCAAGAACAUUCUCUUCGUCAUUAGCCAGCCGGAGGUCUACAAGUCGCCUAGCAGCAACACCUGGAUCAUCUUCGGCGAGGCCAAGAUUGAAGACCUCAACUCCCAGGCUCAGGCUUCUGCUGCUCAGCAACUUGCUGCGCAAACUCAGGCCGAGCAAGCGGGCCACGACCACUCUGCCGACGACAAGGGCAAGGCUGUCGAGGGCGAGAAGAAGCCUGCUGAGGAUGACGACGACGAUGGCGAGGAGGUUGAUGAUACGGGCUUGGAGAGCAAGGACAUCGAACUCGUCAUGACCCAGGCCAAUGUCAGCAGAAAGAAGGCUGUCAAGGCAUUGAAGGAGAAUGACAACGACAUCGUCAACAGCAUCAUGGCGCUGAGCAUAUAGGUCUGCAUUCGUGGUGUUGGUGACGGGGAGAUGAGCGGGGAGUCCGAGAAGAGUUGUUCUUGCUCCGUGUGAUGAAGGGAAUGCGAUCCGUAGCUCUAUACACAAGCUACUGUAUCAAGCAUACUCGGUCUAUAUUUCGGUGUGUUUGCUGUGUUUCACUUCUGUGGCCAGACAAACCAUGCCGGGGAGCUCAAUAUACCCGUCAUUCUUCCCUCUGAUAAAUUCGAU